UUUGACAAAUCCAUUGAUUUGCACUUGACCGUAAAAGCACCUAAUUGACGGCUUUUGGUGCAAAAAAAAAGUUCAAAUAAAUAUAAAAUGCCGUUUGCUGAAAAGAAAAGAAGAACUCAAGAUGUUAAUGUGAAACCGUUGAGAAAAUCAAGGAUUUUUGCGCCUUUUCGAUCCAUUGGUUAUGUUUCGAACCAAAUACCUUUUGAUAUAGAAGUUCGUGGAACUCACUUUCUUGUGACAACAUGUGUUGGAAAUUCCUUUCAGACAUACGAUUGUGAACGACUAAAUCUGUUGUUUGUCGGUAAACAACUGGAGCGAGAAAUCUCUUGCUUGAAAUCGUAUAAAGAUUUUAUGCUAGCAGGAUCUGGCUCUAAAAUUUUUGCCUACAAGCGAGGUAAGAUUGUUUGGGAAAUAGAGCUGGAAUCGUCUGCUGAUGAGAUUUUGCAUUUGGAUGCUUUUGGUGAAUGGAUUAUUGCAAUAAGCAGUACUCGCCAUGUUCAUAUUUGGAAGCAUGUUUCCAAGUAUGAAGUACCAGAAUUGCAUACGAUUUUUCAACCUACUGCCAAUGCAGACAUAACGGCUUUGAUCCACCCUAGCACUUAUUUGAACAAAGUUGUUUUGGGUUUCUCUGACGGUUCUUUGCAGUUAUGGAAUAUGAGGACGGCAAAGUGCAUUCACAAAUUCGAUGGGUUGAGAGGCGACGCGAUCACCUCUCUUUCUCAAGCUCCUGUACUUGAUGUCCUCGCUAUUGGUGCUGCAAACGGUCGAAUUUUGCUAUAUAAUUUAAGAAAAGCUGUCACUUUAAUGGAGUUUCGCCAAAGCGGCCGCGUCCUUUCCUCUUCCUUCCGGACAGAUGGUGUACCUAUUCUAGCGACAUCGAAUCAUCAAGGAGACAUCUCUUUUUAUGAUUUGUCUAAACGUCGUGUCCAAAAUGUUGUUUAUGGAGCUCAUCAUGGCCCCAUUCCCAAGCUUCAGUUCUUAAACGGUCAGCCAUUAUUGGUUACUACCGGCCCUGACAACUCUCUUAAAGAAUGGAUCUUUGAUUCUAUGGAUGGUGUUCCCAGAGUCUUGCGUUUUCGCAAUGGCCAUUACGAACCACCUUCUUAUAUUCAGUUUUAUGGUCAAAAUGUACAUUUUCUGCUUUCUGCUGCCACUGAUAAUACACUACGUGCUAUCAGCCUUUUCCAAGAUAACCAAACUGUUGAGCUUUCCCAGGGCUCUGUAACUUCUAAAGCAAAAAAGCUAAACGCCCGUCCAGAUGAACUAAAGCUUCCUGAAAUAGUAUCCAUGUCUUCAUCUAAUACCCGUGAAAAAUACUGGGAUAACAUUCUUACUGCUCAUAAAAAUGAUAAUGCUGCUCGCACAUGGAGCUGGAAAAACAAGACUUUGGGUCAGCACGUUCUACCGACGACAGAUGGUACCCCUGUUCGCGCUGUUUGCGUUAGUUGUUGUGGUAACUUCGGUAUGGUCGGUAGCUCCAAGGGCUUAGUUAAUGUUUAUAACAUGCAAAGUGGUAUUUUAAGGAAAUCCUUUGGUCGUGAACAGCAGAGUACUAAGCCUAUUACGUCUAUUAUGCUUGAUAACGUUAAUCGAGUCUUAGUUACAUCUUCUUUGGAUGGUAAUUUACGUUUCUGGGAUUUCAAUAAAGGAUCUUUAAUUGAUACCGUUGACAUGGGUAGCUCUAUCACGAAUGCUAUUUACCAUCAUACAUCAGAUCUUAUAGCUAUCAUUUGUGAUGACUUUGGCGUUCGCAUCGUUGAUGUUCAAACAAGGAAAAUUGUUCGUGAAUUAUGGGGUCACUCAAAUCGAUUAACUGACCUUGAUUUUUCCAAUGAUGGACGCUGGUUAGUCACAUCAUCCUUAGAUGGAACCAUCCGCACUUGGGAUUUACCAACAGGUCAUUUGAUUGAUGCCAUUACCACUGGUAGCGUUUGUACUGGUUUGGCCUUUGGACCUACCGGUGAUUACUUGGCAACCUCUCACGUUGAUCAAAUUGGAAUCAGCUUAUGGACCAAUCUUUCAAUGUUUAAGCAUGUAUCUACGAAAUCGCUACGAUUAGAUGAUGUAACCGAGGUUUCUCUUCCCUCAAUUUCUGGCGAACGGGGCACUUCGGUAGUACAGGCUGCAUUGAACGUUGAAGAAGAGGAGGUAGAAGAAGAUGAUAUCUUACACACUACCGCUGAUCAACUUGACGGUCAAUUGCAAACCCUAAGUAAAUUGCCUCGAACACAAUGGCAGACUCUUGUAAACAUGGAAUUGAUUAAAGCUCGUAAUGCUCCCAAAGAGGCUCCUAAGGCACCCGAAAAGGCACCUUUCUUUUUGCCAUCUCUUAAAGAGCAAGCUGAGGGGCUUGUUUCGAAGGCUAAUGAAACAAAUAAUGAUGACCAACAAAGACCAAAAUUGGCUUCCUCAGUUCAAACUGUUACAACCAGAUUUUCUGAACUUUUGCAUGGUGGAGAUGGCGAUGCGUUUUUUGAAUAUUUGAAGACUCUGCCACCAGCUAAGACUGACUUAGAAAUUCGUUCUCUUGAAGCGUACCCACCAUACGAAGAAUUCAUUUUAUUUAUCAAAAGUAUGACAUCCCGGUUAGCGAGCCGUCGGGACUUUGAGCUGGUACAGGCUUAUAUGGCAGUUUUCAUCAAAGCCCAUGAAGAUGUUUUGUUGUCUUCAGAUUCUCCAGAAGAAAAGGAAAAUGUCCUGAACGCAUUGAAAGCUUGGGAUGAUGUGCAGAAAGAAGAAAACAGGCGUCUGCUGGACUUGGUACAUUAUUGCUCUGGUGUUUUGAGUUUCAUGCGAACUUAAAAUGUUUUUGCGUUGAUACAAGGGGAAAAAACGGGUUAAAAAAAGUGUAGUGUGUAUGCACUAAUUGUUUUAUAAACUUAUAAUUUUUGGGUCAAAUAGAAUGCAGGUUUAUUAGUUAUUAUCGACAUGAGGUUUCUUGAAAAACUUUAAUUGCUAAUUUGGCAGAUAUUUGUAAAAUUAAUAAACUUUAAAUAAAACAGAAGUAUGCUAGAAAAAGACACAGCAUGUAUACAAAAUAAAU